CAGAGACACGUGACGGCCAUUACACUUUAACUUUGCCAUACGCAACGCGCCACUGCAUCAAAACUCCAAGUCCUACCAACAACCUAAACACGAGUCCACAUUCCUGUCGGCCUUGAUACUUCGAUAACCUAAUAUAUCUUCGCCAUCUUCUACUUGUUCCCUCUCUUCGGCAUUGGUGACCAAGCCACGCACCAGCGAAGAGCGAGACAGCGAAGUCUUCCUAACCUAGAUUCAUAUAUAAGGCUCCUAGUUCAUACCGAUGACUACAACUCAAAGUCUAGCGUUUGCGAGCCGAUAGCGCAAGAUAUCCCUCUUGGUCCUCCCUAUAUACAUCCAUCAUGGACGCUUCGGUCGCCGCAACUCCACAAACUCGUCCUUCGCAGGAUACGCACGAUCCUACUGUAACGGCCGCCAUGACUCCGGGUGCGAACGAAAAUGCCCACACAACUAUGAACAGUCAUUUUAGCCGCAAGGAUGAGUUAGAUACGUGUCGCAUUUGCCGAGGUGAAGGUUCUCUAGAUGAGCCGCUCUUUUACCCCUGCAAAUGCAGUGGCAGCAUUAAAUACGUGCAUCAAGACUGCUUGAUGGAAUGGCUGUCGCACUCACAGAAAAAAUACUGCGAGCUUUGCAAGACACCAUUUCGUUUUACGAAGUUAUACUCUCCGCAUAUGCCCUCACGGUUACCCACUGGCGUAUUCAUGCGCAAGGCCUCCAUCCACAUCCUCGAACACCUAGCGACGUGGCUGAGGGGUGCGUUGGUAGGUUGUGUGUGGCUAGUGUGCGUCCCGUGGCUUAUGCGAUGCAUUUGGCGGAUUAUAUUUUGGAUUGGAGAUGUGGGAUGGGCGAGGGAUGGCAUGUAUAUAUGGCCACUCCUUGCGGCAGCGACGGACGAUAAAGUUGUCGUUGCGGUUGGUGACAUGAACGUCUCGGGACGUGUACAUGUGCCCAAUGCAACCUUUCAGACACCGACCUUGAUAAACACGACCUCACCGGUUCACAACCUCUCUCAGGAUCCACUCGUCUUCAAACUCGCGCGCGGGCUUUUCACAACCAUGGUCGCACCGCUUCGACGCUCCGACCCGCUCGUCUUCAAAGCCAAUGUGACAAUCAAUCCACUAAUAGCACGUAUGCUUGAACAAAGUCACUCAUCCAUACUAUCAGAGGUGCAGUUUCUCAAGACAAUGAGUUCUUCGCCUUUCAUUAAUCGGUUCGUUAUGGAUGUAGUUGAGGGACAGAUCAUUACACUUUCCGUAGUGGUUGUGUGCAUCCUCAUCUUCUUGAUUCGCGAGUGGGUAGUGCAACAACAGCCCGUCGUUGAUUUAGCAGCAGCGGACGCAGUGAAUGCGCUUGCGCAAGCCGGCGGUGGGAUACAGAAUCAACAAGAUGAACGUCUCAAUGACGUCGAUGGUGCUGGUGCAGAACCGCAUCAAGAAGCAACAGCAGCAGCACUAGCGGCCCCCCCCUCAGGAGCCGAAGUCAUUGAAGAAUCCGAUAAUAUCAUCGCAUCGAACGUAGAGGAUCCAGAGCAGGAAGUAGAACGAAUGACCAGAACCGACACCCCAACAACAGUACAGGACUGUGAGUCCUCUAUCCGCUCCCUCAGCGACUCCUUGUCUAUGUUAGAGCGCGCGCGUGCGAUGCUCGUUCAGCUAGAAGGUGGCGUCGAAUCUCUUUUUGAACCUUCGCGAAGCGAGAUUCGGGACAUGAGGGCUAAGACGCAAAGCCUAGAGCGCGAGAUUCUGGCUGAAUUGAGGAAAUUGAAGGCGCUUCUCAAAGAUUUCUUCUGGGAUAGCGCUGAAUUGAGUGUCAUGCUAGACGAGUUAUUCCGAAGAAUCGAGGGAAUUGCUCCGGAUGACGAGAAUAGAAACAUUAAUGUUGAUGUUGAUGACCGUAAUGAUGACACCCAUCUUGAAGAGAAGAUGGAUGGAAGGCAAAGUGCGAGUAUGCCGGAAUGGAACCACGCAUCGCUUGCAAUAGAUAUUGCAAGAAAGAUGCAAGAGUUCGCGGAUUCGAUUCCAAGGGCUCGACGGUCCAGUGAGCAGGCUGAGUUACAAUUUAAGGAGCCUUGGGGACGGUCGAAGUCACUAGAGAAACGGCAAGAGGAAAUUGAAGACGAGCGGGGCAGCAAGAGGGGUGUGGAUUGGAAGCAAAUUCCAAGGGCAGACCAGAGUCAGAGACAAAGUCGAACUCAAGCAGAGAACUCAUCUGCACAGCAAUACCAUGAACCGCUUGUUGGAUUUAGCGAAAUUGCGGACAACAGCAACAUGAGGGAAGUUGAUGAAAAAGUCCCUAACGGCACGUUUGAUGGGCAAGAUGAUCUAUCAUGGGUUAGCACCACUGGUUCGUCAGAUGCAAGAAUGACAAUCGAAGAACUGCCAGAGAAUCCAUCCGCUCCGGACUAUGCAGAAGGAUCCACACCGUCCACUACUCUAGCUGCUCAGACGGGAAGUGAACUAUCUACAACACCUUCAACCGACGCUGGCCAAUUUCCUGAAGCUGAGCUCGGAUUUUUAGGCUGGAUGGUGCACUGGUUCUGGGGUGACAUUCAACAAGAGCAUUUGGCUAAUGCUCAAGACCCCGAAGUCGAAUUUGGUGCCGCAGAUGAUGAACAUGUUGUCAGAGAUCUAGCAGCUGAAGCGCCGUUUGUACCUUUCCAAGGUGCCCAACCGUUCCAACAGGAUGUUCGAAAUGACCGAGAUCAAGUAGAAGCCCCAGCCCGUCGAAUUCCUUUAAGAGACGCCCCACCCCCCGCAGAUGAGGCGGUUGCAGCUGCAGCUGCUCUAGGCGCUGAAGCGAACGGUCUCGACGCAGACGCCAUCGAUGAUGCCGAAGACUUGGAGGGUAUUCUUGAGCUGAUAGGGAUGCAAGGGCCCCUUGCAGGCCUCCUUCAAAACGCUAUCUUUAGCGGGAUUCUGAUCAGUUUAAGCAUUAUGCUUUUCGUCUUUUUGCCAUACGUACUAGGCAAAUUGGUGCUUCUUCACAUCGCUGAACCAAGUUUACUGUACAAGGUGCCGCUGAAGACUGCAACGGUAAUUGCAGACUUGGCGAUCGAUGCUGGUGUUAUGAUAGGUGGAUAUGUGGCGUAUGCAGCGUUGGAGGGAUAUAGAUGGGUAAUGGGUUGUCUAGCUGUAGACAUGAAAGAGCGAGGAGGCACUCUAUUUGUAAAUGGAGUGCGCGGACAUGCCAAGGCCGCUUUGGAACGGCUUGUCGGAGGGCUUAUUGCUACCAAUGAGAUUGAGGCAGGCGACCUUCUCUACCUGUCUAUGGCUUGCCAUGCGGCCUUGCACGCUGUUGAAGAUUGGGCAAUUAGCGAGGUCAAGUUCCUAUUUGACGCGGUCAAAUCUAUCUUCAGCUGCUUGCUAUCAGCUGACGUUCUAUUCCUAUACCAGCAACUCAAGGGCAUUUCGCUCUCGACGGCUAAUCUUGUCAUUUUCACCCUUCAGUCUAUUUGGACAAUCAUCUGCUCCUUCUACACAACGGGAUCCAUACAUCUCCCAACAGGCACACCGCUACAUGUGCCGGACGACCCUAUGCUGACAUAUUGGAAUGCGCGCGACCGAUUCCUUGCAGUCCUUGCUGGCUAUGCAGCCAUUGGACUUCUAUGCGGUCUGUAUGUCAAGCUCGCUCCACUCACAACAUCCCACCAUGGCAAACGCUUUGAAGCACAUAUCGUGGAAGCAUGCUUACAAGCUGGUGGUGUGCUGAAAGUCAUUCUCAUCAUCAGCAUUGAGAUGAUUGUGUUUCCCCUCUUUUGUGGGUUUUUGCUUGACUUUGCCCUGCUGCCACUUUUCGAGAACGCAACUCUCUCAUCCCGCGUUGCUUUCACUGUUAGCUCGCCUUGGACCUCGGGGUUUGUGCAUUGGUUCGUGGGCACUUGUUACAUGUUCCACUUUGCACUCUUCGUUUCCAUGUGCAGGCGCAUUCUUAGAAAGGGCGUUCUAUACUUCAUCAGAGACCCUGACGAUCCGACAUUCCAUCCAGUACGCGACGUUCUGGAGCGCAAUGUCGUGACUCAGCUACGCAAGAUUGCAUUCAGCGCGAUUGUGUACGGCGCACUCAUCGUCGUAUGUCUUGGCGGCAUCGUCUGGGGUCUAUGGGCGGCCCUUGAUGGCAUUUUACCCAUCCACUGGUCAUCUACGGGCUCAAAUAUCGAGUUUCCGCUGGACAUUUUGUUCUACAACUUCCUCACGCCAUUUGUAGUGCACUAUGCCAAGCCCAGCGCAGGGAUAACGGCGAUGUACGAAUGGUGGUUUAGACGUGUGGCACGCGCGCUCCGACUCUCGGACUUCCUAUUCAGAGAGGAGCAUUUCGACGAGGAAGGCCAUUGGGUUCGGCACACAUGGAAAGCGUGGAUUACACGCAGAGUUAAUAAUGAUUUGACAGAGGAAGAUGUCGAUCGGCUUGCAAUUUCUCAGGGCACAGCGGAUGCAGAUGCGCUCGACGACGGCAUAGUGAAGUUCGUCCCGGAUGGACAAUAUGUCCGAGCACCUGCUUCAGAUCAAGUUCGAAUACCCAAGGGAACUCCGGUUUUUGUGCCCGUCACUGUGGAAAAUAAGCGUUUGGAUGGAAAACCAGACGAUGAAGGUGUUCAUGCUGCGAAUUCGAAUUUGGUCAUCAAGGUUUACAUCCCCCCGUGGUUCAAGCUCCGCAUUGGGCUUUUCAUUCUUGCAGUUUGGAUAUUCGCGGCAGCAACUGGCAUCGCUGUCACAGUCUUGCCUCUACUUCUUGGGCGAUACCUACUAUCCUCAGCAUUUGGGCGAAAAGAAUUCAUCAACGACAUCUACGCAUUCUCCAUCGGAAUAUAUCUCCUUGGCGGAGCCUUGUACGCAGGUAUUCAUCGCCACGCUAUCAUAAGCUGGCUAGUGACUACCUUUAUUCCCGCAGACGGUGGUCGUCAUAUCAUCGGUACAGUGUGGAACACCAUCACUCGUGUAGCCAGCAUCAUCUACGUAUACAGCACCCUCGCCAUUGGACUUCCCUUGAUCAAUGCUGUCCUCCUAGAAGUUUACAUCCUCAUGCCCAUACAUUAUUUUUUCCAUGCCGGAGAGCAUCACGUCAUGCAUCUCGUUCAAGAUUGGACAUUAGGUAUCCUUUAUGUUCGUAUUGGGAUGCGAAUCUUCCUAUCUGACCCAGAGUCACGUCCAGCUCGCGCGAUCCGUCAAGUCUUCGCAAACGGAUAUUUAAAUCCGGAUGCCGGUCGUGCCACACGCUACUUCAUCCUGCCCGCUUUGCUAUGUUUUGCAACACUGAUGGGCGCUCCGUUCGCGACUGCCUUCAUCGUGAAUAAGACAUACAUGCGGGCCGCUGAAAAGGAUGACAAGAUUGCGACUAUGAGGAUGGCGUAUCCACUAGCGAGUGCCAUUGUCGUAGCGGUGCUUGCUGGAAGGACUGCUGUACGCGCUGCAAGAAGGUGGAAAGCUCGCAUUAGGGAUGAAGUGUAUCUCGUGGGCGAGAGACUACACAAUUUUGGAGAUAAGAAGAGCAAUAAAGGCAAAGAAAAGGUGAAGUCACCGCAACAGGAGCAAUGAGUGACGGACCAGUGUUCUUAUAGUUGACGAGAAGCGAAACAUUUGUCACAUCAUGUUGACUAGAGAGUCCUCAAGUCUUUAUGACGUCUUUGAUACCCUGUGCCUAACCUAGGGAUGUUACAUUGCAUUAAAAUGGCUUUUUUGUACCAUUAAGUCGUCCAUAGAUACCAUGUUUGUAGUAGAAAAUCAAUCAAAAUGACAC